AUGACCCGGCUCUGCUUACCCAGACCCGAAGCCCUUGAGGAUCCGAUCCCAGUUCCUCCUAGGGGCCUGGGUGCUGGGGAGGGGUUGGGUAGUCCAGUGCAUCCACGUGUGUCCUCCUGGGGCCCUAACUGGGCCCAGCUCCUGGACAGUGUCCUAGGGCUGGGGGCACUAGGGCUGACAAUCCGGGCAGUCUUUUCCACAACUGGCCCAGCCCUGCUGCUGCUUCUGGUCAGCUUCCUCGCCUUUGACCUGCUCCAUAGGCCCGCAGGUCGCACUCUGCCACAGCACAAACUUCUCACGAGGGGCCAGAGUCAGGGGGCCGGUGAGGGUCCAGGACAGCAGGAGGCUCUACUCUUGCAAAUGGGGAGAGUCUCAGGACAACUUAGCCUCCAGGACGCGCUGCUGCUGCUGCUCAUGGGGCUGGGCCCGCUUCUGAGAGCCUGCGGCAUGCCCUUGACCCUGCUUGGCCUGGCUUUCUGUCUCCAUCCUUGGGCCUGAGAGCCCCUCCGCACAACUCAGUGUCCUUCAAAUAUACAAUGGCCACCCUGCUUC